AGAUCUUUUGCCACCUUACCACUAACUGCACGUUUGGUUUAACGUCAGUCAAGCACCAGCAAAUGAUGACAAAAAAGGAAAAUGCUAGGAGGGGAGAACAAGCAUAGCUUUCCUAAUUUGUUCCAACCCAGGAUGAAGAAGAAGCAAGCGUCUGGUACUGUUCCUAGCAGUAAUUUUUUAAGUCAAUGAAAAGUGCUAGACUGAUUAAUUAUACUGAGGAAGCUGCUGGUUCCCCCCCACCACCCCAAAAAAAGCGAACAAAGUUUCACAGUCCUGAAUAAAACCAAGGAAAUUUAAGCUAUACAACAGAAAUGUACGUGACAAGGCCUUUCUCAAUGUACAAAAAGUUUGCUUCAGAGCUGUUUUCGCCUCCUCCUGAAGGUCCAAAUUUUGGUGUUUUGGUAAUCCAAGAUGAAGAACCUGAGGUAAUAGUGAGCUGCUGCUUCGGAUUGUGCAAAUUGAAAGACUAUAAUGUUAGGGAGCUGCCUUUCCCUCAAAACAAGGAGCUGUUGCUUCAGUAUAGAGUAUAUUAUAGGGGGGAUGAUGACUCUGCCAACAUCAGGAAAUAUGAUUACUAUCCUGUUUUACUCAUUCCUGUUCUUAAUCAGCCAUUGUCAUCCAAUCGGUACUAUGCAAUACUACCACGUGGGUGGCAUAAAGGGUGUGCAAUGUUUCUAGAAAGCACUCGCGAGUUCAAAAGAAGAGGACGUGACCACCAUUUGUUGUUGCAACUAGACGGGUUUCCUCCAAAUCUCUUAAGGAUAAGAGGAUUGCAAGUCUUUACCUCAUCAUCCAGAAUUGCCCAAUUGAGUGAAGCCCCAGGCCUUGAUGCCACUCUCAGGGCCUGCCUUCCAGAAUUGAACUUCCCAUUAUCCUGUAAGAGUUCUUCACCUGUGGUUGUAGGAAAAUGGUAUUCUCCUUUCAUGUUUAUCAAGGAAGGUAUUGUUAAAGAUCAUAUACGCACAUCAAUGUAUUAUGAGAUUACACUUGUGCACAAAUGGAAACAAAUUUUCGAAUGCGAAAAUCAUGGUAACAAAGGCAAUGCUGUGGCUGUGGAUGUUAGUGUUCACAAAGAACUGGUUUCAAUUGCUGGAAGAGAGGUGCAUGAGAGGAAUGUGGCUGACCAAGUGAUGUGGUUUAGGAGCUCUAGUGAUGCAGGAGGAGAAGUCACUGUGGGGUUGAGUUUAGCAAUUGUUGAGAGAAUGAAAUGGGAGGAAGAAAGAUUUGGGUGGAUUAGUGGCAAUGAAGAGAAACCAAGUGUGACAAAAGGAGAGGAAUAUGCAGGGAUUGUUGGGUGGAAGAAGUUUGGUUGUUAUGUAGUAGUUGAGAGCUUUAUAUUGAAAAGAAUGAAUGGAAGUUUGAUAUUAACCUAUGAUUUCAACCACACUAAACAAAUUAGAAGCAGAUGGGACUGAGAAGAUAUUACAAUCCAUUGUAUUUUUAUGUUCUUAUUGUUAUUGUAUUAUAUUAGUAUUGGUGUGUGAAGCGAUAACUAAACCUACUGUGUUUUCUUUCCAAUAUGUGUAUUUUGCUAUGCAUGUUUAGUUU